AUGGGUCGUAAAGAGGCUGAUUAUGAUUGGAAGAAGAGCACUGACAACAUUCAAGAAGUGUUUGACUUCAUAGAGGUGCUCGGGUCGGGAGCAUUCUCAGAGGUGUUCAUGGUGAAAGAGAGGAAAACAGAAAAGCUCUUUGCCAUUAAGUGUGUGAAGAAAAAGAACAAACGGGACAUCAACUUGGAGAAUGAGAUUGCUGUGUUAAGGAGGAUUAAACAUGAAAAUGUUGUGGGGUUGGAGGAUCUCUACGAAAGUCGCACUCAUUACUAUCUUGUCAUGCAGCUCGUUUCCGGUGGUGAGUUGUUUGAUCGGAUCCUGGACCGGGGAGUGUACUCAGAGAAGGAUGCUAGCUUAGUGAUUAGGCAGGUACUCGAUGGGGUUAACUACCUACAUAAGAAUGGCGUAGUACAUCGCGAUCUCAAGCCGGAGAACUUGUUGUACUACAGUCCAGAUGAGAAAUCCAAGAUAAUGAUCAGCGAUUUUGGACUUUCAAAGAUGGAGGACAAGGGCAUCAUGUCCACAGCCUGUGGUACACCAGGCUAUGUGGCUCCAGAAGUGUUGGCGCAGAAGCCCUACAGUAAAGCAGUGGACUGCUGGUCUAUUGGAGUCAUUACCUACAUACUUCUCUGUGGAUAUCCGCCUUUCUACGAGGAAUCAGAGACUCGUCUAUUCUUGAAGAUCAUGAAAGCCCAGUAUGAGUUUGACUCUCCCUUCUGGGACGACAUCUCAGAAUCUGCAAAGGACUUCAUCCGCAAUAUGAUGCAAAAGAAUCCGAAUUUGCGCUACACAACAGAGCAAGCUCUUCGACAUCCCUGGAUCAUUGGACAGACCGCCCAAAGCCAUGAUAUCUACAAUUCCGUCAGUGAGCAGAUCCAGAAGAACUUUGCCAAGUCUAAAUGGAAGCAAGCUUUCAAUGCUACAGUGGCCAUCAACCACAUGAAGAGGCUACAGCUUGCUCAUGGCGAGGCCUCGGUCAAACAGAGCCAGACACAUACUCAGCUGCCUGAUAUUAAAGUCAUUUCAACAUCUUACCCUGAAGCAAUGAACAACAAUCCAGUCCAUGACAAUCUAGAACCCAAUGGCAACCUGCCUAGCAGUGAUAUGACAUUACAAUCUGUUUCCAUGGAAACAAACAAUCGGUACCUACUGCCAAAGGUCAACCAUAGUGUUAUGGUCACGGUCGGUGAGAAGACCAAGCACGUGUACCACUCCGAACCAGGAAACCUAAAUGGGUUUGGAAAGACGGGCACCAAUCACAUUGGGGAGAAAUUUCAGUCCGGUGUCUGCUGUGUCAUGUGACCGGCCAUGGCAGCAUUAUGAGUGGACUUUAAUAGAUCUGAGACCUGUCUCUUGGCCACUGGCUAAUUGAAGUUGGCAUGCCUUGAAGUUGCAGCUUUGGGCUUUGGCUCCUUUGGGAUAUGGAGUGAUUACAAUCCAGCUGACCUGUUGCUUGUUGGCUUCACCAAGUAUCGGAGUUUAGAAGCAUGCCUCCAUAUCAUCAUCAUACACCCCACAAAAGCAUAGACAUGAAAAUGGCAUGCAGUACCCUCUGAAAGCAGAACAACAUGCUUAGGCACCUGGUUGUAUUUUAGCACAAAGAACUUGUUCCUCAGUGCUGAUGUAACUCCAACCCUAUGUAUUACCAUAUAUCUAUAA